AUGGCAGACCUGUCCGCAGAGGACCCGGCCAGCUCGAUCAACUUGGCCUACCAUCGUCUCAGGAAGCUUUGGGAUGAACGGCGGGAUGCAGCCACGUCGCCCUACUUCGCGCGCGGCGGCCUCCUUCACGCGCGAUCCGAUCAGGAGGACUUCGAGCAGUUCUUUGAGAGGUAUCUCGCGUUCCUUCGUCGACAACCUCCCGAUUACGGGCUGCCGCCCGCCGCCACCCAGGAACCACCCAAGGUGCCUGCUCGCAGCAGCAGUGGCGCGGCGCGCCUGGCCGCUUCACUCCCGCCGGCAUUCGACCUUCGCUAUCGCCAGAAUUUCGUGGUGGAGUCGUCUGGAACCAGGCGCACCGUGGAUGCACUCGAUGCCUUGCUGUUUGCCGGCGUCGUGCAGCACUAUGAGGACUUCCGCCAGAAGCUGGCAAUGUCCCGGCUUCGAAAGCUGCGCGGAACGGUCGAUUCCCUUCCUGCCGCCGCGAUGCGCGAGCGUGUGGUGGACGCCGUCCGCACGCACCAGGUGGUGCUCGUCGCAGGCGACACCGGCUGUGGAAAAUCCACGCAGGUGUUCGUGACGGAAGGCAUCCUGCUGAGGAGGCUCGAGUCUGAUCCCGAGGUCUCAGAGUUUGAUGUGAUCAUCGUCGACGAGGUACACGAGAGGCACCUUGUCGUGGACUUUGUGCUGGGCAUUCUCAACGAAGUCGCCCGGCAUCGCCGCUCGGACUUGAAGUUGGUGCUGAUGUCGGCGACGCUGCAGAAGGACUUGUUCAUCCGAUAUUUCGACCUUCCGCAGGAGGCAGUUGUUGAAAUCCCAGGCCGCAUGUACCGCGUGGAAGUCGAGCAUAUGCCGCAGAAGGACGAGCCACUCACCAUCCGAACAGAUGUGGUGCAGCGAAGUAGCAAGAAGGGGAGGACCCAGUUCGAUUGCGAGCCGUUUCUUGAAGUACUUCGGCGCAUUGAGGCCUCACUGCGCGAGGACGAGCGGGGGGACGUUCUGAUCUUCGUGCCGGGUGCUUACGAGAUCGAGGCUCUCGUGGGAGCUGUCUCAGAGAUGGCUGCUCGCACGCGGAGGUGGCUCCCCCUGCCGCUGCACUCCCAAAUGCCGGUGGAGUCACAGGACAAAGUGUUCGGCAUCGCGCCGCAAGGAGUGCGGAAGGUGGUCAUUGCUACGAACAUCGCCGAGACUUCCGUGACGAUCGACGGCAUCCGGUUUGUCAUCGACAGUGGCAAGAUGCGAGGCCCCUGCACCUGGUUCCGGCUCGAAUGGUUCGAGCUCGUGCCAAACCUACUCUCCCACCAGGGCUGGGAGGUUGCUAUAGACAAGGGGCGAAGUUCCCUGUCCCAUCGCGAAUGCCCUUGGGGUGGUCACAUCAUCAAAUGCUCGAUGGAAGAUGUUGUUCUGAACAAUCCUCCGGAAGACCCGAGCGACGUCUUCAUCCGGCCAGAGACGCGAGAACGCUACCAGGCCCGUUGUGGAGAGCGGUUCGGUCGGAUCGAGCUGCUCGAGAUUUUGGCACCUGGAGAGGCUGUCUUGAAGCGCUUCUCCUGCUUCGGAUUGCUUCGGCUUCUCACCGUCUUGUUCGGAAGGCUUGCCAGACCUUUCAUGGAAUUCUCUUUCACCAGUGGUGAUGGGGUAUGUACAGCAUUGCAAAAGAUCUCUCGCGACUACCCCAAGAAAGGAGACUGUGCCACCGGGCUCUUCCACUACACCGGCGAGCCACCGGACGGUUUGCUGCACUGCCGCCCGCAAGCAGACGGAAGAUUCCACGUUUGCGGUAUCUUCACGGUGUCGGCGGACAAGUUCGCACGCUGGGCCACGCACUACUUCGGGCUGAUGGUGGAGUCUUGCAGGAGGACGUGCCAGUGGUGGCUCAAUCGCCCAGGGGUUGAAGAGCUACGCAGCCUCGAUCAGCAAGCAUAUGUAACCCUGACGAUUCAGUCCUGGCAGCGUGGCUUUCCAUUCCUGCCCAGCCGGGAGGAUUCGACAGACACAGUGACCAUCCUGGCAGGUGAGGCGCUUGGCCUCCCUGUGUGGACUCGCUUCGACCCGAUCUUGGACGGUGACGACAAAUUCCGUUUCGCCACAUACCUCCAACGUUUCCUUCGCAGCUUGAACAUCCCUGUUGUGGUUUACGACAGACUGGAUGGACGCCUGGUGGUUCCAUAUCAAUGCCUCGUGCGGAGUGAGGAAUGGAUGGAGAUCCGGCCCCGCUUUUUGCAAGCGUUCUCCUUGCAGAAGACUGCAUAUCGCCAUGCCAAUGGUGGAACAACAGCACCCAAUGUCCAUGAAAACUCGAAACCACGGUUCAUUCCUCGCUUGAGCUGUGAGGCCUUGAACCGACGAAUUGAGCGGGCCCAGCGAAGGUCAUCUCAGCACAAAGUUGUCGUGAGGCACACGUUUGUGGAGGUCCAGGCUCGGCCCGACGAUGACCAUGAUGACCAUGAGGUCCACCAGGUGGAAGAAAGACAGCAGCGCCGGGCGAAGACUGAUUCCACAUUGCACACCAGGGAUGACCUCUUGCUCGCGCAUUGA